ACCAGCUGCUGUGUGUGUUGUGUUGUUCUGUUUUAUUUAUUUAUAUAUUUUACUAUUGUUUAAUAUUUUUACUAUUGUUGUCAAGCUCUAAAAACGCGUAUAGAGUUUAACUUUCGGUUGUAUUUUUAAUUUAUUCUGUUUAACCGCCGGUUAUUUCGGAAUGUUGUUGGAGGACGUGAGGAAGCUGAAGGUGGCCGAGCUGCGGGCCAGCCUGCGCGAGCGUGGACUCGACUCCAGAGGGCUGAAGGCUGAGCUUGUGGAUCGCCUGCUGUCAGCCAUUAACACUACACAACAUGAACAAAGUGCAGAUUUAAAGCAUUUAGACUCUCAGACUGUAGAGGAAACAUGUCAGGCUGAGGUGGCACCUGAGACAGCUUUAAGAGACAGGGUGCUAACCCUGGAGCAAAACCAAUCACGUGUAGGAGAUCAAAUCUGGACAGAAACGCGGUGUUUUGUCGAUCAGAGCACACAGACAGAGAAUGAUUCAGCAGUCUGCUCCAGGUGUAAGAACAGAGAAGAAGAAGAAAAAGCAGUGCAGCUCAAAGCCCAGGGUGUCCUCAACAGCUCUGAUGUCCAUCAGGAGACAAUCCAGUCCACACCAUUGUACACCAGUCCUCAGUCUCCUCACAUGGCAGCUGUCAUAGAGGAGACAGGAACAGAACAGCAGGACGAGCCUAGGAAUGUCAGCUCGCCCACGCCCCACGCAGAGAGGAGCCGGGAUUAUUAUGAGUUUAAAGAGGAGAUUCAAUAUAAGAGAGCCAAAACACCAGAGCCUUCUCCUGCAGGUGAGGAUGAGAUGGACAUCGAUGAUGACACAGUUCGUCUAGAUCCAUACAACAGCGACCUGCAUUUUGAAGUGGGUACAGAUGGGAGCAGCGGUCAGCCUUUACUCAGUGAGAAGUUUCCUCUGCUGCAUUCAGGGUGUAGAGUGACUCAUGGCUUUACUCGGGGAAAAGUAGGAUUCGAAGUUAAGUAUGUGAAGAGAUUGUCAGCAGCUACAGUGACAGCUGUCGACCCUGAGCCUUAUGUCCUCAGAGUGGGCUGGUCUUUGGACGGCUCCAGCCUUCAGCUUGGAGAGGAAGAGCUCUCGUAUGGAUUUGAUGGAUCAGGCAAAGCAGUGACACGGGGAAAGAUGGAAGAAUUUGGCGAGCCGUUUUCAGAAGGCGAUGUCAUCGGCUGCUAUGCGUUCAUCAGUGACAGUGGGGAAACCGAAUUAUCUUUUUCCAAAAAUGGCCGAUUCCUCGGGGUGGCGUUUCAACUCGCUGACGUCACCCUCGCGGGUCGUGCUCUCUACCCACACGUCCUGUGCAAAAACUGCUCUGUUUCCUUAAACCUGGACUCUCAGGGUGGGACAUGGUAUCCCGGACCUCCUGGAUACUGCCCAUUACCAGAGCUUGUAUCUGUACAUCGAACUCAAGCUCCACUUCCUCCAUCACAUAGGAAAGACUGCGAGGUGCUAAUGAUGGUCGGCAUGCCAGGCUCUGGAAAGAGCCACUGGGCUGAAAACCACAUCGCCAAGAACCCGGAGAAACGUUACAAUGUGCUGAGCACAAACUCCAUCCUUCACUGCAUGAGGCUGCCGAACCCAGAACACAAGAAUCUGUUGCUGCAACAGGCCACACAGUGUCUUACACAACUCAUCAGAAUAGCAGCAACCAAGAGGAGGAACUUCAUCCUGGACCAGGCGAACAUUUACCCAUCUGCUCAAAGGCACAAGCUGCUGAGUUUUUCCGGUUAUCACAGAAAGGCGGUGGUACUCGUCCCAUCGGAUGAGGAGUGGAAGAGACGUCUGCAGCAGAAAGCUCAGAGGGAGGGUGCAGUGCUGCCUGAAAUAUCACUUUUAAAAAGCAAAGUGAGUUUCACGCUCCCAGAGCAAGGCGGUCUGCUAGAGGAAGUCCUGUUUGUCGAACUCUGCCAAGAAGAAGCCCAGAAACUCCUCUCGAGCUACAAAUUGGAAGCCACACGCCUCCUACCUACACCUGCCAAACGCAAGAGGCACAACAAAGGUCCCCAUAAACAUCACCCUGAUGCACAUGGAUCGAGCCAAAGCCGCAGUCAGUAUGCACAGCAGUCACAGUGGGGAUGCCAUAAACAAAACGGAUGGAACUUUUAUGCUUUUUCACAACCUUAUGGCUAUAACAGUGAUCCACAGAGGUACAGAGAUUACUAUCAGCCCUGCACAGAACAGUGGAACCUGGCUAACCAGGAUCAGAGCUACUAUGGCAACCAGAGCUAUUAUUAUGCCAACCAAGCCUUUUGGUAAAUCAUAACAGCGACCCAAUUAAAUUAUAUUUAGGUAGUGGACUUUACUUGGAACAACUGCUUUUGAACUUUGAAUCUACAAAGAAGUAAACAAAUAUUAUGGCUCUAUGCUGUUGAUUUGUACAGAAAGUGUAAAAAAAAAUUUUAAAAGCAAUUGUUUUAUAUACAUUUUCUACAAAAACACUUCCAACUUCUGUA